ACCUUCAACACUGACCUAGGAUCUUGGGUCUCCACUUGCCUCCAGGCUUCUUCGCGUUGAGUUAUACUGGAAAGUCUCUCAGUGGUGCUAAAUCAUACUUAUCGAUCUGGCUUGGCUUAUCUUACCCACCUUGCUGGGCGAUUCUGCACAGUCAACGACGACAGACGCGGAUGGUUAGGCCAUUCAAUCACUGCUGUCAUGUCUGGAAUAGAUAGUGGAAGCCAGUGGUCAGGGGGAGAUAGCACGGGUGGAUCUCAGGAUGGCAGUCAAGGCAGUCGGGAAGGCAACGACAGCAGCGGCAGCAGUGGCAGCACAUCCCAAGCCGGGGGAAAUGCAUCCUCGGAGUCUAUUACCGCCAGCGCGACAACACCCACAGCAGCCGAUUCUUUUCUCACAGCCACCCAGACCACUAUUCCAUCACCUACAGCAUCAACAACCACGUCUUUCACGUCGACUUCUUCCGCUAGCAGCAGCAGCAGCAGCAGCAGCAGCAACAAUAACACCAGAACCCUCGCCAUCGCCAUCCCUGUUGCUGUUGCGGGCACAGCCAUCAUCUUUGGGCUGCUAUUGUUCCUCCUCCGACGGAGGCGCCGUCGCCUUCGAGGCCAUGCCAUCCCAUCUGCCUCUCAGGUCGAUGUAGUAACCGUCCCUCGACAACCAAUACUACCCCAACCGCAGCAGAACUUACCGAGAUCGCCACCACCUCAAGCGACACCCUGGGGAUUCACAAACGCUAGUACCCAUAACAUUCCCUUCACGGGACCUAUGCCAUACGACACCUCGAACCACUCGAGUGACCACCUCGCUACAAGCCAGUCACGCAGCCUGGACGCGCCUGCUAGUCAACACAGCCUGACACCUGGUAUCAACACCACACUGGAACAGCCACCGCCAUAUUCCAGGCAUCCGGAGCGUGCGGAGGUAGACAUAUCACCCGUUACGAGUACCGACGUUCCUUCACGGCAGGUGUCGAGGCGUGAGCGGCCGACAUCCCCGUUCGACCAUCCCCUGGAUGACACUAUCUCUGAGAUUUCGAGAUACAGUAGAGGGCCAUCCCUAGUUCACCGCGCGAGUCUCGAUGAGAUUUCAUCUGUCUCGUCGAUGGGUGAUGAUGAAAGGCGGCCAGCGAUGCGUCAUUGAUUUUACCGUGGGGCUUUGGUUUCGCUUUUGAGUGUUUGAAAUUAGGCGGGCAUUUGGGCUUUGAUGGGGCAAUCG